AUGGGUGAAGUCUCGUCUGUGUCUGUCCCUGCUGCUCCUGGACCUGUACCAAGAAUGACCGUGGCGGCUCCAAAGACGCUUGUGCAACUAGGACAAGACCAUCGUAGGAGGCGAGACCGCUGCCGAGACGACUCCGGCUGGUGCAAGGAUUCGGAGAAAGGCACGUCCAAGUUGAGCAGCGUAGGAGGCGAGACCACCGAGGCAGCUCUGGCUGACAUGAGUGACGUUGUGGUGGUGAACGGGAUCGAGGGCAGCUCCGUGACCUUCCCCAUCAACAGCACAGGUGCAAAGGCAGCGCUCUUGAGUGAUGAAAAAAAUGUAAAAUAUGGCAUAGUGACUGUGGAAUUUGGGGUUCAUCCUCGUGUCACUGUCCAUGGACACAAAUUGAAGGACCGUGUUGCUGUGUCCGAGGACGGCCGUGCGCUCAUCAUCUCCCAGCUGAGGUUGGAGGAUGCCAGGACCUACUACUUCAAAAUCAACGGAAAAACAUCCACCUUCAUCCUGCGGGUGUUCAGGGAGCUGGCAGAGCCCACGGUGACCCACGAGGCCCAGAACUGCUCGGAUGGGAGCUGCAGCUCCUCCCUGCACUGCUCCGUGCCCGGUGAUGGCUUUGGGGAAAUCUCCUACACCUGGAGGGUGGGGAAUCAGCUCUUGGCUGAGGGCCCCGUGCUGCCGGUGAAUGAAUCACUCUUGGAUAAGCUGGAGCUGCUGACAUGCAGAGUGCAGAACCCUGUCAGCAGCAGGAGUGUCACUGUCACCAACCCCGGGGUGCUCUGUGCAGGCUCAGCUAAGCCAGACUCAGCUAAACCAGACUCAGCUAAGCCAGACUCAGCUAAGCCAGACUCAGCUAAGCCAGACUCAGCUAAGCCAGACUCAGCUAAACCAGACUCAGCUAAGCCAGACUCAGCUAAGCCAGACUCAGCUAAGCCAGACUCAGCUGAGCCAGACUCAGCUGAGCCAGACUCAGCUAAACCAGACUCAGCUAAGCCAGACUCAGCUAAGCCAGACUCAGCUAAGCCAGACUCAGCUGAGCCAGACUCAGCUGAGCCAGACUCAGCUGAGCCAGACUCAGCUGAGCCAGACUCAGCUAAACCAGACUCAGCUAAACCAGACUCAGCUAAACCAGACUCAGCAAAACCAGACUCAGCUGAGCCAGACUUAGCUAAACCAGACUCAGCUAAACCAGACUCAGCUAAGCCAGACUCAGCUAAGCCAGACUCAGCUAAGCCAGACUCAGCUAAGCCAGACUCAGCUAAGCCAGACUCAGCUGAGCCAGACUCAGCUAAACCAGACUCAGCUAAGCCAGACUCAGCUAAGCCAGACUCAGCUAAACCAGACUCAGCUAAGCCAGACUCAGCUAAGCCAGACUCAGCUAAGCCAGACUCAGCUAAACCAGACUCAGCUAAGCCAGACUCAGCAAAGCCAGACUCAGCUAAGCCAGACUCAGCUAAGCCAGACUCAGUACCAGACUCAGCAAAGCCAGACUCAGCUAAACCAGACUCAGCUAAACCAGACUCAGUAGCUAAACCAGACUCAGCUAAACCAGACUCAGCAAAGCCAGACUCAGCUAAACCAGACUCAGCAGCUAAACCAGACUCAGCUAAGCCAGACUCAGCUAAACCAGACUCAGUAACUAAACCAGACUCAGUAGCUAAACCAGACUCAGCUAAACCAGACUCAGCUGAGCCAGACUCAGCUAAACCAGACUCAGCUAAGCCAGACUCAGUAGCUAAACCAGACUCAACUAAACCAGACUCAGCAGCUAAACCAGACUCAGCUAAACCAGACUCAGCAAAGCCAGACUCAGCUAAACCAGACUCAGCUAAACCAGACUCAGCUAAGCCAGACUCAGCUAAACCAGACUCAGUAACUAAACCAGACUCAGUAGCUAAACCAGACUCAGCUAAACCAGACUCAGCUAAACCAGACUCAGCUAAACCAGACUCAGUAGCUAAACCAGACUCAGCUAAACCAGACUCAAUGAGCCCCGAUGGUGGCAGAGUCCUGGCUGAGCUGGCCCAGCUUAGGCUGCUCCUGGAGCCUGGCUGA